AUGAGGAGCAGAAUAAGCUUGUUUGUCGUUGGCCUUGGUCAUGGAUCAAGCAAAGAGGGUAGGGAUGCGAUGCUUAUGAGCGACAUGGUAUCAAGGUUUAUUAUAGAAGCAAGAAAGGUAAGACUUGAAAUGUAUCUGGGCAGCAGGAAGUUUGUACGAAUCAGCGACAAUGGCAGAAUCAAAAGGAUCCUGCACCAUCAUCCUCUAGUGCUCCUGCACCUAGAAGACAAAGUUAGGAUAAUGGCAAGAAUUCCCAGUACUAUAGAGUUAGACCAGCAAAAUCUCAAGGAAGUGUGGCACAUAGAGGUAGUUGAGGUCUUGCAUGUGCUAAGUGUGGUAGAACCCACAAAGGAGUUCCCAAAGAACAUGCAGAGUAGUGGAAAUCCAGGCAAAAAAUCCCAAUGUUCAUCAGUUGCUCGACAAGAAAGGGUUGCACCUAGAGGAGCAACUACUUGCAUUAACGGAGGGGCAAACUGCCUUUAUUCAAUCACUACCCGCCAAGAGCAAGAGAACUCUAUAAAUGUUGUCACUAUUUCCGGUGAUGGAAUUAGAGUGGAUACCCAAAAGAUCGAAGCAGUUAAGAGUUUUCCUAGACCUACGUCUCCAACUGAUAUUAGGAGUUUGUUGGAUUUGUCUUGUUAUUACAGAAUGUUUGUUGAGGGGUUUUCAUCUAUCUCAUCUCCUUUAGCCAAGAUGACUCAGAAGACAGUUAAGUUUCAAUUAUGUUAA